AUGGUCUCUACUCACAAUAAGGACAAACCUUGGGAUACACCUGAUAUUGACAAAUGGAAAAUUGAAGAGUUUAAACCGGAAGAUAACGCUUCCGGCCUGCCAUUUGCAGAGGAGUCCAGUUUUAUGACUUUGUUCCCAAAAUACAGAGAAGCAUAUUUGAAAUCGACUUGGAAUGAUGUCACUAGAGCACUUGACAAACAUCACUUAGCCUGUGAAUUAAACUUGGUGGAGGGGUCUAUGACUGUAAAAACCACCAGAAAAACGUACGACCCUGCUAUCAUUUUGAAGGCCCGUGAUUUGAUAAAGUUGUUAGCCCGCUCUGUACCUUUCCCACAAGCUGUGAAAAUCCUGGAAGAUGAUGUAGCUUGUGAUGUUAUUAAGAUUGGAAACUUCUCAUCCAAUAAAGAUAGGUUUGUUAAGAGAAGACAACGUUUGGUUGGACCAAAUGGAAAUACCUUGAAAGCCCUUGAAUUGUUAACUAAAUGUUACAUUUUGGUUCAAGGCAAUACCGUGAGCGCCAUGGGUCCAUACAAAGGCUUGAAGGAAGUACGCCGUGUCGUCGAAGACUGCAUGAAAAAUGUUCAUCCUAUUUACCAUAUCAAAGAAUUGAUGAUUAAACGAGAACUGGCAAAAAAGCCAGAACUUGCAGAUCAAGAUUGGUCAAGGUUUCUACCUAUGUUCAAGAAGAGAAACAUUGCUCGUAAGAAGCCCAAGAAGAUCAAGGAAAAGAAGGUAUAUACACCAUUUCCUCCUGCUCAACUACCUAGAAAGGUUGAUUUGGAGAUUGAGACUGGUGAGUACUUCUUGAGUAAGAAUGAAAAGAAAAUGAAGAAACUAGAAGAGCAUAGGAAUAGGCAAACUGAAAAACAACUAGAAAAGGCCAAAGAGCGUGCCGAAGAUUACAUUGCCCCAGAUGAAAAGGAAUACAAGAAUGCCUUGAAUAGCCAAAAGAGGUAUGGUGAGGAUCAACCCUCUGAAGGCCCUCAAAAAAGAAAAAAAUCUAAGCAUUAG